AAACAGACAAGGGCCCCACAUACAGUACAUUAGCGGGAGGCUAGGCUUGAGUACAGACCGUUCUCAGUUCCACUUUUGCGCUGCAGUAAUACAAAACAACAAAUUUUGCAGAUGGAGAACUCCUAUACUUUCUGAACAGAAGCAAAAGUGAGAGGGGUGAAGACAAGAAGAUCUUUAAAACUCUGGGACACAGACGGGAGGGUGAUAUGGCCAACCUUGUGCCAGGACUACUCAUUUGUUUGAUGGCAGUUCAGACCAUUCAGCAUGAUGGAAAUAGGACCAAAAUUAUUAUGCCACCUGGCGUGAUGCCAAAAACUUUCAAGGGGAGGCUGCACAAACAUAAUCAAACAAACCAGCUAUAUCCCAGCACAAACCCUUGGCUGUAUGUGAACUCGGAGGACCCAGUGACAGACUAUACCACAGGGGUCCUCAGCACCAGGGUCAUACCUUCAUCAUACAUCCUGGCUAUGCUGGUGGGUAUCCCAUCCAACGUCUACAUUCUGACCUUCCUCCGACUCAAAACAAAGUCCUCGUCCACGGUAGUUCUUCACCUGAACCUGGCCUUGUCCGACCUGCUGCUGCUGCUUUCUCUGGCGCUGCGUGUUCACUACCACCUCAACGGGAAUAAUUGGAUAUUUGGGGAAAUCUCCUGCCGGUUUAUCACAGCCUUGUUUUAUGGCAAUGUUUAUAGUUCUGCUCAAACUAUAGCUUGCAUCAGUCUGAAGCGCUACCUGGCUGUGGUCAAACCGUUUUUGUACAGAAGGCUGGCUAAGACUACGCUGACAGUGUGGACGUGCUUGGUUGUCUGGUUCCUGUUCAGCGCUGUUAUUGUGCCUGAGCUCCUUGUCAGGCAGAGCUACCACGUUACCCAGCUGGGAGUCACCACCUGCCAUGAUGUACUACCCCUAGACGAAAAAUCCCAUUCUGUGCUGGUGCCAUACAGGCUGAUGAUGGUUUGUCUGGGCUUCAUAGUGCCCUUUCUGAUUUGUAUCUAUGCCCACGUGGCAGUAGUAUACCACCUAGGGCAAUCUUGUUGUGACUGGAAACCUUUUAUCAGGGUCAGCACUCUAGUUUUCAUCAUCUUUGCGGUGUGUUUUUUGCCAAGUGGAAUCCUACAUAUCGCCCACUAUAUCCGCCUGUUUUCCGGUGGAGAUGACAGAUUGUAUGGAUACUACAGAGUAGCGGUGUGUCUGUGCUGCUUCCACAGUUGUCUGGAUCCCUUCCUGUGUAUGCUCAUUUCAAAGAUGGCAGCCUCAGAACUACAAUUCAUUUCCCUCCGUGGGAAACCUCAGAGGUCAAAUGUUAUGACGUGAGACUGGAUACGUUUGCACAGAAAACACUUCUCUUUGCUGGAUCGUUGUUAGGAGCCAGCAGGGAAGCACAAGCCCAGAUAAACAAUAGGAAAGUUGAAACUGUGAAUUUAACAGUGUG